AUGAUCCAUCUUCUCUCGUCGGAGGCACUCGCCGCGCUGCUCUGCCUGUUCUUCGCCGCCCUCGCCGUGUGGGGGCCGACGAUCGGCACAACCGCCGACACAAUUCUCGCGGCCGUCAGCGCCGCCGUCGCCUGCCGGGCCGUCGCGGCCGGUCGUCGCUGCGCGUGGCCCGCCGGCGUCGACUUCAGCGGCCGCGUCGCACUCGUCACGGGCGCCUCCAGCGGCGUCGGCUUCGCCACCACGCGGGAACUCGCGCGCCGCGGCUGGACGGUCGUGAUGGCGGGCCGCGAUGUUGGGCGGCUGCUCGAGGCGCGGCGUCGCAUCGCUGCGGAGUCCCCACGUGGGCGUCUCGUCAUUCUCGAAACCGUUGAUCUCUCCAAUCUCGACAGCGUGCGGAAGUACGCGGCGACGGUGCUCGAGCAGAAAGAACAGUUUCCACUUGCUCUCCUCGUGAAUGCGGCAGGUGUGCUGCGCCGCCACCUCCACCGCUGCGAGGACUCUGGACUGGAGGAAAUGAUCGCCACAAAUGUAGUGGGCCCUAUGCUGCUCACUCAGUUGCUCUUGCCGCUGCUAGAUGAGACGGCUGAACGCACUGGUGUCACCUCACGUAUUGUGAAUGUCGCUUCUAGUUGUCACACUUUUCUUGGCGUGCGGCAACGGCUUAGUCCCAUGGAGAUGCUCAAGGCACUUCAUCCCACACCAACAGAAGGAGUAGAAGAUGGAAAAAAGGAGGAAGACGAAGAACCAAAAGAAAAAGAAAAAGCAGUAAAAGGUGAAAAGGAAACUACUGCUCCAAUGGAGGACUUUACUUUUUUAAAUUUUGUUGGAUACUACGGACUUUCAAAGCUUUGUGUAGUAUGGUGGACGUCUAUUCUCGCACGCCGUGUGGCUAUGCGAUUUUUUCAAAGUGGUGAUAAACGUCAACUUAAGAUAUUUGUUGCUUGCUGUCAUCCAGGCGUUAUUACAACGCACCUGUAUCGUGAUUUAUUUCCUGUGACUUUACUAGAUCAUUUCAUUUAUUAUCCUUCGCUAUUGAUAGGUAAGACAUGGUCAGAGUCAGCGCAAGCAGUAUUAAAGGCAUGUGUUGAACCAGAGAAAAUGGUACACGGUGGUUAUUAUCUCUGUAGUGGGGAGUACGGGGCAAACAGUGGUGUUAAUUGUCUCUCUAAACACGCUAUGGACAUGAGAGCAGCACAAGAGUUCUGUACAUGGGCAGAGGCUCAGAUUGAGAUGCAAAAGAAUAGGUCAAAAGAAAAUAAGGGGGACAAUGUUGAGGGGGCGAUGCAGCAACAACGACAACAAAAUCAGGUUAAGAGAAUUAUGACCGUUAAAGUCAUGUGA